CCUGGCGAGGUUGGGAGUCAAUAUACACUAGGGAGACGCCACAAUUUGCUCACGUCCGGGGAAGGUGUCGAGUGUAACUCUGAUAAAACUGGGCCUUUGUUCCUGCAUCUCUUUCCUGCCGACUUUCAGCAAGAUGCCCGUGUCUUUGGAGCACGGCUACAGUGCUGACCGAAGGGCUAUGCAAAGAACCGGAAGGUGAACGUCGCCAUCAUGAAGCCGACCCGCGGCUCGUUCGUCUCUGUUGCCCUCACCUCUCUCCACGCCGUGACGGUGUUGGCAGACGGGGUGGGCAUGAUCGGAUUCGGCAAGACGCUGUACCACCCGACGUGCGCUUUCGCCUGCCGCAAUGUGAUCAGGAACUGCCGGCUGUCGUGCACGCCGACCGACAGCACGGCGAAUCACGGCACCGCCCACAACCCCGUCACCACGCCGCCCGACUGUUUCGUCCGAGAUGCCGCCUUCCUCCGCACCAUGGCCAUCUGCAUCGACACAUAUUGCCCCAUCAGCGACAGCCCGCCUCUCGACUUGAUCGAGGACUACUGGGUUUCCCAUCUCGGCACCGGCACCCUCGGCGACUACCAAUAUGUGCCGGCCAUGUCUUACGUCGACGCCCUGGCUGCUGCUCGGGCAGAUGAGAUGCGGUUGCCUGCGAACUCCUCCGCCGGCGGGGACAACGGCAGCGGUCAUGGAGGACACAGCCACGGCAUGAGGGCCGCACACCUCAAGAGUCGCCAGUUCAUGACCGAGGCCGGGCCCCAAGUCUCCAGCGCUCUGCCUACCAUCAAGGCUGGCGCACCCCUGAACGUGACCAGCUUCAUUGCGCCCAAGGACUGGCAGAAGCAAUACAAUGGCAUGCUGGAUUUCGAGGUCAACGAGAACGGCCACUCGACUUACAGCAUUGUCAUCAUGCUAGUCGCCAUCUUUCUCCCCGUUCCGCUGUCUCUCAUCCGCUUCCUGCCCGGCAUCGCCAAAAGCCCUCAGUGGAGCUGGUUCCAGUCCGCCCUGAUCGACCCGGCUGUACUUGGAAGGCGUCAUCGUGAGCCAGCAGCUCCAGGCAUGGGAAUAAUACCCACCCGCGGCCAGGCGUUGUACAUUGCGCUCAUCAGCAUCCUCAACCUGGUCUUCCUGCUCGCGCCCUACGUCGCCCACCAUCCGCAAAGCACGUUCCCCUCCCUGGCGGCCCAGACGCUUAGCGUCAUGGGUAACCGCGCCGGUGUCAUGGCCAUGGGCAACUGCGUAGCGCUGUUUCUCUUUGCGGCACGCAACAACGUGCUGCUCUGGGUUACCGACUGGAGCUGCGGCACCUACCUCCUUCUGCACCGCUGGCUGGGCUACUGGGCCGUGUUCCACACCGUCCUCCACUCAAUAAUGCUUCUGGGCUACUACAACGUUUACGGUUCGUACCAGUCCGAGCUGGCCCGCCUGUACUGGCAGUGGGGGAUUGUGGGUACCGUCGCCGUCGUUGCGAUUCUGCCCUCGUCUCUCCUCGUUGUGCGGCAGAAGAUCUAUGAGUUCUUCCUUGCCUCGCACGUGGUUCUGGUCUUGAUCUUCAUCAUCGGCUACUACUACCACAUAUGGUACUGCUAUCAAUACAAGUGGGGGUACGAGAUCUGGGCAUUCAUCGCGGCGGGUAUCUGGGCCACCGACCGCCUGGCCCGCCUAGUUCGCAUGGCCUUGGGGGGCUACCGCACCGCUACCGUCAGCCUCGUCCAUGACACCGACGGCGAGUACCUCCGCGUGGACGUGAACGGCGUGCAACUCUCAGACGGCGUGGCCUACCUCUGCUUCCCAACACUGAGCUGGCGCUUCUGGGAAACACACCCCUUUUCCGUGGCAUUCAGCUCGCUUGACUUGAAGACCGAUUCAAGCUCAGGCUCAGACACCCCGCCUACCUCUGGCCCGGAGCACGAAGGCAAAGAAACCACCGUGGAAAAGUCGAACGUAACCGUGCUUACAUCCUCCGCAAAUUUCACUCGGCCCAAGACAACAACAUUCUUCGCCCGCGUCCGCACCGGCGUGACCCGCGCCCUAGGAUCCCGCGUCGCCGGAUCAACCCAGUCCCAAUCUACUGUCAUCCGCGUCCUGGUGGACGGACCGUACCCCCACUCAGGCGACGUCAGGAGACAGCUUUCACACUGCUCCAGCACGCUGUACCUUGCCGGCGGCGUGGGCAUUACCGCACUCCUGCCUUACCUACUCCGUACAACCACCACCGCCACCACCACCACCAACCGCCAGGCUAUUACGUCGCGACUGUUCUGGGCAACGCGCAAAGCCGGACUGGCGGCUGCGGUCGGGCCUGCGCUGGCUGCUCUUCCGGCUGGUGUGGAGGUUGAGACGGUGGUGGGACAGAGGUUGGAUCUGGACGGGAUUCUUGAGAAGGCGUUGGUUCAUCAUGAUCGCGAGGAGGGUGGGGAUGAUGGGUUGCUGGGGAUUGUUGUAUGUGGACCGCCUGGUAUGGCCGAUCAUGUCAGGCAUAAGGUUGUGCAGCUUAGUCGGAGCGGGUUGGCAAAGAGGGCGUAUGUGUUGGUUGAUGAAGGGUUCAGUUGGUAGGGGCUCAGGGGGGGUGGGCAAGCUAGGGGCAAGAUGCGGUGCGAUUCAGGGGUACACCC